AUGGGUGGUGCUCACGCUCGCUGCAGGCUUCAUGUUGGCGGGAAGUAUUCGGACUUGACUAUUCUAUGCAACUACCGACAAUGGGCGGUUCACCGAGCAAUCAUAUGCUCACGGAGCGGCUUCUUCGACGGCGCCUGCGGCAAUCCUUGGGCGGACAACCGAGUCAUCGACCUCAGUGAAGAUGACGAGGAGGCUGUCAAUCAGAUGAUACAUUUCUUCUACCAUCUGGAUUACCUUAACCAGCCCGAACAGCCGCGAGCAACCGUCUUCCGGCAUCGUGCCUUCUCGGACGCCCGCAAGAAGCUGCCGAGAAAGCUCGACUUGACUCAGAUUUCCGACCCGUUACUCGCUGCAGCAGGCUGCUACCACCCAGAGUCCCCUAUCACACCACCCACAUCCGCGAUGGAAACACGAAAGUGCUUCGAAUGGCCAGACAAGAUGCCGAGAUCGCCCAUCAAGGCAAGAGCUCGAACACCGCCGCUUGUUGCUGACGGUGAGAGCGAUUACGAAUCCUUCGAUGAAGAGGAUGAGCUGCCUGAAGAUGAGUCACACCUUCUGCUCCACACAAGAGUGUACGCGCUAGCGGAGAAGUACGACAUUCCAUCACUGAAGCAAUUGGCGAAGAUUAAGUUCGAAAUGGCAAUGGCUUGCAACUACGACUCGCCAGACUUUCCAGAUGUACUUUUCGAAGUCUACUGUUCAACGAUCGACAACGACCGAGGACUUCGGGACACCGUCUGCGAAGCAUUCAAGUGCCAUCCGCAACUGGCUACGACGCCGGACGUCCGUGCCGCUAUCCAAGAUCUUCCGAGUCUAGCACUCGACCUUUUCAAGAUCGAACGAGGAAUACCAAUUGGCAUAUGA